CAGGAGGCGGCGCUGGGCUGGGCGCGACCCGGGAGUGGAUGCGCCUGGGCGGGGCGCAGGAGGGCGGCUGCUCCGCGGGAAGGAAGGAAGGAAGGGCGGACGGCUGUGCUGCUCAUGGCUGGCGAGGAGCGGGGCCCGGCGCGGCUGGCGCUGCUUUCUUUGCCCGGGGCGCCCCGGGAGCGGCUCCACUUGCUCCCCUGCGCGGUCCGGCACGACGGCGCCGCUGCGGUGCGGCGGUACUUCGCGCCGGCCAUUCGACGGCCCGGAGAACCGGACGGUGAGCGAAGCAGGAGGAGAGUGGGAUGCAGACCCCUUGGGCAGCCGGUUAUGGGGCACUAAGGCCCCAUUGGAUCGAGAGGGACUUUUAUCUGUCCGUGUGGGCUUGGGGAAGGGGGUAGGAUUUGCUCUGCAAGGGGGGAAAGAAAUGGCUCAGAAUCCGAACUCGGGGCCCCGUUGAACUCAGUGCAGUCUUGUAUCUCGAAGUAGGCCUGGUCUGCGGACACACCAUAUCUGCUUAAAGCACGUUUUCCCACCCCACCACCCAAAAAUAAUAAUAAUAAAAAAAGAAUUCUGGGCAGUGUAGUUUUAGCCCUCACAAAGUUAUAAUUCCCAGCAUCCCUUAACAAACUACAGUGCCCAUAAUUCUCCGAGGGGAAAAGAGUGUGCUUCAAAGAAACUUUGUGUAGUCUCCACCCUGGAGUGGAUUGCGCUGCGAGGGGUUGGUGCUGCUUGAAGUAAAUGGGGCAGGGGAGACGAUGCAAGGGGUGUUACCUUGGCAGGCUCAGGCUUCCGAGUGCAGUAAUGGACCACCGGGGAGGGCAUGGGAGAGGGUGGACGGGGGAGAAGAGGACUGGGUUCCUGCACCUUUGAUUGAACAAUAGCUGCCUAAAUUCCCUCUUCUGGACAGCUAUGAAAGGUGCAGGAGCCCUGAAUCCCUUGUCCAUCUAGAACAAACAAAGGUGCUUUCUACCAGAAAAGACCGCUUAGCCCAUCUAGGUCAAUGUUGUCUACACUGGCUGGCAGUGAUUCUCCAGCGCCUCAGGCAGGAUGUUCCUACCCUAGAGAUGCCAGGGAUUGAACCUACAACCUUCUGCAUGCAAAGCACGAGCUCCGACCACUGAGCUCUGGCCCUUCUGCGCUGCUUAGGUAUUUAAUGUUGUUGUAUUACACACCCUGGAAGAGUGUGUAUGGAAUCCAGUAAUAACGUAUUUAUUUAUUUAGAAGGCUUGGGUUUUUUUUUACCAAAAUAAAAAUUAGCACAAGAAAAAUGACACCAUAGAAAUGCCUCCUAUAAGUAACUGAAUUGCUCAGGUGGCGUUUCCUGACUUCAAGGCUAGACCUUCCUUGGUCUUGUUCCCCGAGUUGAACGAGGAUCUCAAUUCAACCCCAAGCCUUUGCUGGCUGCCAUAACUGCCAGUCUUCAACAUCCUCUGAGGUCUUCUGGGGCUGAUCAGCUCCAAGUCCCUCAACCUAUCAUGGAAGCAAGCCUUCCCUUACUGGCGGCCGGCGCUGCGAUUUGGAGUAGCCUUUCUGGCAUAAGAGUUUUGUGACCCAAAACAUUCCUCGAUCACAGCUGCUGACACCGGGCCCCCUCCCCCACACCCAUUAUAUUAACGAUAAAAUAAUAUGCUAAAAGAAUAAACUGACCGUCACUCUAGAAGCCUGUCAGAAAUUUGCUCAUUUCCCUCUCUCUUUCCUUCCCUAGUUUCACAAUAUAUUGUGAUAAAACAACAAUAUUGACUAUGUUAGAACAGAGUGGCUGGGGAAACCCAGCCAGAUGGGUGGGGUAUAAAUAAAUUAUUAUUAUUAUUAUUAUUAUUAGGAGCAAGAACACAUGAGUUUUGCAUGCAGGUGGUUCUAGGAGGGAUUUCCAGUUUAAAGGGACUGGAGAGCAGGUGUGGAGCCCCCUCUCUGCCUGGAAAGCCCAGACUGAGAAUCUAUGUUGGUUUGUUUUUGUCCUCUGUCAUCCUGCAUUGCCCAGCAGAGGCAUCCGUAUCCUUCCGUGGGCGGAGCCUAAAAGGGAAGGAAGUCCUCGUACCUGAGGGCUACAUGGGGCUGGUCCUGGAGGAAGAUGAUGCAGCUUUGCAGGUGAGUUGUUGGGUGGGUGGAGUCUGGAGAGGGGAGGGUUAAUUCCCGGAUCCCCAUUGACUGUCCCUUCUUUCCUACAGGAGCGGCAGGUGCGGGUGAAGUCUACCUUUGAGUCACUCACUGUCUGGAACCUGGAGCAGGCCCCCAACAGCAGUGAUGAGAUCCUCAUGUCCUUACAAUGGCCAAAGAUUGCUGAAGGGGUGCGUAUCUUAUCUAUAAAGGGGCAGGGAAGCUCAGGGUGGGAGGGUCCACUUGGAAGCAUACCUUCAGGCCCUUUCUGUAAAUUUUGGUAUUAUUCCUGUAAGUCACGGAAAGGAGCUGGGUAUGGUUAGGGUGAAGAUGUGAGAGCUGGGAAUCUAACAGUCUUCAUGUAGUAUCUGCAGGUGCUAUAUGGCUCUUGUGUUUGGUUUGGUUUGUUUUGCUUUUCUUUCUUAUGUUGUAUUUUAUUGUGUCCCAUAGAAUUCAGAUCGUAAUACCGCAAAAUAAAUUUUAAAAUGCAACCAAAAAUCAGUAUAUUUAAUGCAGACACACUGGAGAGCACCUGAAAGUUUGCGGACUAGUUUGGGAACCCGUUCUAGAUUUCUGGAUUUCCUGUGGCAAUUAAGAGCAGGGUUGGGGAGUACUUAGCCCUCCAGUUCUGUUGGACUCACUAUCAGCCCCUGGCAGCCUGGCCAAUGGUCAAGGAUGAUGGGAGUGGUAGUCCAACAGCACCUAAAGGGCCACAGGUUCCCUAGCCUUGAUCUCCAGGGUCCCCUCCAGCUCUGAUUCCAUAGGGCAAAUACUUUAAAAACAUGCUUCUGGAGAAACAGACGCUCCAGUAAACAUUGGCCUUAUUGUGCAUUUUGGGAGGCGAGGGUUUUGGUGCCGUUCCCUCCCCACCCAUAAUCUGUGGCAGGGGGCGGCAAAGGCAGGAAACACGCACAGCACCAAAAUCAAAUAGGGUGAAGCUGAAUAAGUGCAGGGCUGCAUUGGUAGAGUUUGACACUGAUGCCGCCUUGCUCAGCCUAGCACCUUUCUUGCCUUGACUCCUCUCCGAGAGUGGCUUAAUUCUGCAGUUCCUCCUCUCUGACUAGAAACACCGUCUCUUCUACGUUGUUAGGGACGGUGUCUGGUCAGACCGACUCUUACGUGCAUCUUGUGGACAGGAAUGUGGCUGUAGCAGGUGGGGAAACCAUAGCCCUUCAGCUGCUGUGAGACUCUGACUCCCAUCAACCUCAACCAGUGGUCAGGGAUGGAGAUGAGAGUUGUAGCCCAAUAACUUCUGCUGGGAGGCUGCUGGUUCCCCAUCCCUCCUCAAAAGGAUCCUUUUUGUUCCCUUGUAGAUCCAUGCUCCUGUGGCUGAUGAAGAAUGAGAUGGGAGCUUGUGACUGCUGGUGACAUGGAAGUAAAAAAAACAAACAGGCUGCACUUCGAACUCUGUAUUGGAUUUUUUUGGGGUGGGGGGGCUAAGGAGUCCUUUUUCUGCAGGCCUCUCAUUUUCAGAUUGGAUGCUGUUGCUAACUCAGCCCCACCAACGUGCAGAUCUGUGCUUUCCUUGCAUUCAGCCUUUUCUUUUACAGUAUUACCAUUCAAGUGGAACUUUGCUUUCGAUCUUGGUCUAUCUCUGCAAUAUUUUUUUUUAAAGCAAGUUUUUGUGGGCUCACUCCUCACCAAAGUGACUUUUGAGAAUGUGCUCCAUCAAGUCAAAGGAUCCUGCUGCCACACCUGGUUCUGGUGGUUUCCCUCAACUACAUAGAUAAGACCAUGUCAACACUGCUUUAAUUCCCACGCUUUCUGUCUCCCAGGAAAAUCUUGCAACUCCAGAGUUUUGGACACCCCUAUCUUUUCACAGAGCUGUAGUUCCUACAGUUCCUCAGGAAGAGCGCCAGGGUAGUGGAAAUGGAUUUUAAACACACUUAGUUUGUAUUGCAAAGACUCAGCUUUGAAAACCCCUUACAAGGUAAAGUGAUUGUGGCUCCUUAUGUGGCAUAUACUUACACCACAGCUCACCAGCAACCCCAAAUCCUGGGAACUAUAGUUGUAAUUCCCGUAAUAAACCUAACGUUUCCAGAAUUCUUUAAAUGUAUGAUGUGUACGCAGCCAUCGCUUCAACUGCUUCAGGCUGUAGUGGCUCUGGCCUAUAAGCCUCUUCCUUCUCAGACUCCCAUUUGCUUGUCUGAGGGUCUUGGUUUUGUGAAAAAGCAAUACCAUAUCCAGAAAAAAGAUGUACACACACAUGCCAUUUAAAAACCCAUUUUGUUAAUUUAUUCUGAGCACAGAAGGUGGGUGGGGUUUGCUUUUUUUUUAAGGCUGCUCCUCUGGUUCAUGAAGACUGGUUUUGGGGAAAGGGAGCGAGAGAGCGAGACUGUCUUACCGUAUGCUAACCUAUAACAGAUUCUUUCCACACUUUCACCCCUGUGGAUGCUGCUACAGCCUCAGGCAGUAUGGGAGAGAGCAGCUUUCUAGAGCUGGCCUCCAGCUUCUCCUCCCAAGGAAGCAACUGCACAAUUCCAGCCUCAAAAGAAGGAGGCAGCAACAACAGUUUCUCUGCCUGCAGCUGAAACGCAGCAGAAAGCAGCUGCCCUUCAACUGCCUUUGUCAAGCUCCAAACUUUGAUUUGUGAUGGUGGUUUUGUAUUUAUAUAUAUAAAUAAAUAUCCGGUCCA